AUCUAAUUAGCAAUGAUGUCCAAUGUGUAACGUAUAUAAAAAGAAUCGCUCGGAAAAGACUUAAAUUAAUCAAAUUUCAUAUGUGAUUACAACCGAGUCAAUAUCGGUGAAAUGUGAAAUCAAACGUAAAUACGAAUGAACUGCAAAAAUUCGUCUGGGAUCAUCAAUUUCGGACUGCCGCGAACCGAGCAGGAAAAAUGAAAGACAAUAGUAGCUCGGACAGCAGGCAGGGCCUGGAGGGCUACGUGAAUCACGGCUUAACCGGAUCCACCAACAACGUGGAUCUCAUUCAUUCGUUUCAAUCUCUUCACACAUCGCACGGUAACCACCGCGAUAUACAAGGCUCUUCAGAUUUCAUCUUGAUCGAAGAGCCGGGGGAUGACGAGGUCAAGCAGAAGGAAGGCCUCCUGACAUCGGCGUUGCAGCACGCGAGGCGGCGUGCCAGGGCCAUAUGCACGAAGAAAACCCUUUACAAGAGGCUGCCGGUCCUGAACUGGCUGCCAAGGUACAACGCUCAAGAUGCGCUCGGUGAUCUGGUGGCCGGGAUCACCGUGGGCCUCACCGUCAUUCCUCAGUCGCUGGCGUACUCGAACGUCGCCGGUUUACCGCCGCAGUAUGGUUUAUACGGCAGUUUCCUGGGUUGUUUCAUCUACGUGAUUUUCGGAUCCUGCAAGGACAUACCCAUGGGGCCCACUGCCAUAAUAUCUUUGUUAACUUAUCAAACAGUGUCUCAUUUGGACGCUCCGGUGCCGCAUGCGAUUCUAUUGUGCUUUCUGGCCGGAAUCGUGGAAUUAAUAAUGGGUAUAUUCGGUCUUGGAUUUCUAAUAGAUUUCGUGUCCGGACCGGUAAGCUCCGGGUUCACGUCGGCGGUGGCUUUGAUAAUUGUCACGUCGCAAGUCAAAGACCUCCUCGGUAUUCCUGCAAAGGGCUCUCAAUUUAUCGAGAUGUGGCGGAGUAUCGGUGGACUGAUACAUCAGACAUCCGCCUGGGACGCUACUCUUGGAGCAUCCUGCAUAGCGCUGCUAUUAAUUCUGAGGUUAUUAGCCUCGUGCAAAAUCGGCCCGAAAAAGGAGGAGCAUCAUACUACCAAACAUCGAGUCGUGAAUAAAAUCAUCUGGCUGAUCGGCACCUCGCGAAAUGCACUCCUAGUAGUAAUUUGCGGUUUACUGGGCUGGAGUUUUCAAAAUAACUCGCCUGUCAGAUUGAUUGGCCACAUACCGGGAGGUAUGCCUGCUGUACAAGUUCCGCCAUUCGGAUUCGCCAACGAUGACAAUACGACGGUCACGUUUAUCGAGAUGCUCGGUAAUCUGGGCAGCGGCAUCGUCGUAAUACCGCUCAUCUCUCUAAUGGAAGACAUCGCUAUCUGCAAGGCCUUUGCUAACGGAAAAUCGGUGGACGCCACGCAGGAGCUGAUAGCAAUCGGUAUAUCGAAUAUCGGAAAUUCCUUCAUGCAAGCUUUCCCGGGCACGGGAUCCCUCAGCAGGAGCGCGGUGAACAACGCUUCCGGUGUCAGGACGCCGUUCGGCGGCGUUUAUACUGGUGUGCUGGUAAUUUUAGCCUUGCUAUUCCUCACCCCGUACUUCAGUUUCAUUCCACGCGCCACUCUGGCGGCUAUCAUUAUCGCCGCGGUCAUCUUCAUGGUCGAAGUCAAAGUGGUGAAGCCGAUGUGGAGGACGAAAAAAUCCGACCUCAUCCCGGGGCUGGGAACGUUUAUCGCGUGUUUGGUGCUGCAAUUGGAGAUCGGCAUCCUCUGCGGUGUCGGGAUAAAUAUUCUCUUCAUCCUGUAUCACGCCGCCAGGCCGAAAAUAUCCGUGGAGAAACUCAAGACUCUUCACGGUAUCGAGUACUUAAUGCUGACGCCGGAUCGUUGCUUGAUCUUCCCGUCGGUGGACUACGUUCGCAAUUUGGUAACCAAGUACAGCCGACGCGCCGAGAGCGUCGCGACGCCUGUAGUGAUCGACUGUUCGCAUAUCUACGGUGCGGACUUCACGGCCGCCACGGUCAUCGAGAUCCUGACGAAGGACUUCGCCAAGAGGGGCCAGCCGCUCUUCUUCUACAAUCUAAAGCCGUCGGUAUACGCCGUCUUCGAGGGCGUCGAACCCACGGAUUUUGUCGUCUACUACAAUCAGGAAACGUUGGACGAUCUACUGAAGGAGAAGGGCUACAUGAAGUAGAUCAAUGGAAGUCUUACGGCACGGUCGAAAUAUUGCUUCCGAUCGUAAAAGGUGCAUUCGUACUUUCAUACCAUGUUCCUCGAGGCUGUUAUCCGGAUGCGACAGCCGGUUACCAAAUACGCGAGAAUUGGGAGACUUUUAUAAUUCCGAUUCUUUGAAUCGGUCGCGGUCGACUGGACUGCGAGGCAGCCCGUACGUGAAUCUCUUCAAAUCCAAUCGUCAUGAAAACGAAAUUUUACGAAGCAACUUGUGUAUUUAUUACGUCGUCGUCAGUUCGGCGGUAUCUCGCGACUUGAAGUUCCAAAUAACAACGAAAGCGACGAUAGAAUGACGUAGAAGGUAUCAUCGAUCGUAACGACAAUGCCUGAAAGUUCAACUUUAAAUCCUCGUUUAGGAUCUAGGCGAAAAAAUACUGGCGAAAUCUUGAUUCGCGCGGGUAGCGGAAGCAAUCGGAGAAGGCAGAGAAAAGUUGAAGCAUAUAUAAAUAUAUAUGUCGAAUAGAUUUCAAAUAUCUCGGUAUAUGUAUAUAAUAUACAUGUAUACUGUUAUGUAUCUCGAAGAGGGAGAGAUAUUAUAUGUAGAAGUGCAGCUUGGAAGUAUCCUGUACGACAGGAAAUUCCGGGAGCGACUGGGAAACGUCUGAAAAAUUAAAAUGCGGCUUAAAAAGGCGCCUUUUAGACAUCUCAAAUAUCUCUAUAGAUCCUCGUUCAAAUUCUUGUCUCGUCCAAGUAUUUAUUUAACUCCGUGAUGAAGCGGGAACAUCUGCGUAACGUUCCAAUCGAUAUCACUCAGCGUUCUCGUAUUUAAACCCCUUACGCUGUUUGAGAUUCGCGGCAGGAAGAAGUUUCCAUUGUACAUUUUUAUACGCCUACUGCUUUAUGCAAAGUAGCACACCCCCUGUAUUCUAGGAACGCGUGUACAUAUAAGUAAAAUAAGUUCGAACAAUACUGUGAUAAUUUUAUAAACAACCUAAGGAGAACAGGAAGUCAAAAUGAUGUCAAUUUGACGUCAUAUUGACCAAAUUUACGUUACUUUUAUAUCAAUAUGACGAGAAAAUGAUGUCACUUUGACUGCAAUGUGUUCCUUGGGAAUGUCUGGCGGAGAGAUAUUCGGCGGAUCGUAGCUUCCGUCGUGACGCUUGUUACGGGAAUAUGAUAGAUCUCUCGUGAAUUUUUAAAAAACGUUUAUUGCAUCGACGACGCGUGCUUCAUCUCACGCGUCGACAAAAAAUUUCGCAAAACGCAACUAAUUUAUAAUAUUCUUGAUUGGUAAAAGAAAAAAGUUUUUUCUAUUAUAUGACUGCAUGGUUUAACAAAAAA